UAUUAUUUUUUGAUCGUUUGUCACAGUGAAAAUGGCGUGUUGACAUUUUAGUUGUUUUUGACAGUAUAAAUAUAAUAUCUUAAUAAAAUACGGAGUGUAGGAUAUUAAUAAAUCAAUCAAAUUUUGUUAAUGAAUUCUCUAUUUGAUAAUAUUCUUUUUCUAAAAUGUCGUCUAUCGCUGCUGGUGAUUCACAGGAUUCCGUGAAUUGUGAUUGUCUACAAACUUCAAAACCACCCGGUCAAUCAUUAUUAAAAACUAAUGUCGAUUCUUCUGAAUCAGAGAAAUUAUGUGAAACUGAGAGUUUAAAAAUUCUUGAGAAAUUCAAAAGAAUUUAUGAGAAUCGUAUUGAUGAUGUUGAUCAAAAUGCUGAAUUCACCGAAUUCGAACGUAUCUCGACAAAAUUGAAAAUAAUGACCGAAUGGGUUGAAGAUUUAAAGGAUCAGAAUGUAAUGUUAGUGCGUACAGUUGAGGAUCUCGAGAAGGCGGCUGUUAAUAGAGUUAAACUUUUAGAAGACAAAUUAUUGCAAUCAACUAAUUUAGUGUCGGAAAAUAUUGCAAAAUGUGCCAAUUCAGGAGAGGCUUUAAAUACACUUUCGGAUCGAAUUUCUGAAUUAGAAAGAGACGAGUAUUUUGAAAAUAAAAUUGAAUAUCUUCAAAGUGAUAUUCGAGGCUUAUUAGAAUUAAUUAGACGAGCUCACGAAAAUAGUUGUUGGAAUCACGAUGGCAUAACAUUUUAUGAAAUUAAGCCCGAAGACAUACCAGUUCCUUUCGAUUGCCCCUGCAACGAGGAAACGGAAAAUGCAAAGAAUGAAGAAUACAAUAAUAUCUUGAAAACAUUGCAAGAUAAUGAAAAAUUAUUACUCGAGAAAGUGACAAUGUUGGAGCAACAAGUGUCAGAGAAAAAUAAAAUAAUUUUACAAAAAGACGAGGUUUACAAAAAGUUUCAAUACAAAGUCCAAACUUUAAGAGAUAAUCUCAAAGAAAAGUCCAUCAUGACUAUUACCGAUACUACUGAGAACGUUGACUUUGACAUUGUGCAAGUGGCUGAUUUUUUGGAAAGUGCACUUGUUGCCAAAGAUUUGAAAAUUAAAAAUCUCAACGAAUGUCUUGAGGAAACGAAUGCAAAAUUAGAAAAGCUUCUGCAUGAGAAUGACAAUUUUGAAACAAAGAACAAGCAAAUUCAAGAACUUGAAAUUCAACUAAAAGCCCUUCAGAAGGAAUCAUUGGAAUCAAAGGAAGCUUUGGCUUCAGAAGUUGCUGAAAAAUACGAUCAGGUGAUUAUUUUACGACGAGAAAUUCAAGAAUUAGAAGAUAAAUGUCAUCAUUUGAGUAUGCAGACACAAUUCAAGGAGGAUAUAAUAAAGGAUUUGCGAAAAGAAUUGAAACAAAUUUCACAAAAAGACGUUCAUCAAACACGACAUGUUCGAAUCAAUCAAGAACCACCUUCUGAAAUCAUAAGCGAAGAUUCCUCAUCUCAUAAGAAUGAAAUAGUGCAGUACUUAUCGAAAACAAAACAAUUGAUGGAAAAGGAGAAAGAAGCGUUAUCUAUUUUGAAAGAAGAAAUAGAAAAAAUGACAACGGAAUUACGUUACAAACAGGAAUUUAGAGAAGAUUUUCCACAUCUCUAUAUAAAACUACACGAAAUGGAUAGUUUAUUGAAAACCUUCAUUGCCGAAGUAAUUGAAAAUAAUGGAUCCAUUGAAAAAAUGAAGCAUUUUUUUACUGAUAUUGAGGGGAACAUGGCAUCGCUCCUCAUGAUUCUUCAAAACUUACAAGAGAAUUCUGAAGGAAAAUCCCAAAUAACAAUGGAGGAAAUAGUUAAUCGAUUAGGUGGAGUAACUAAUAAAAUUGCGGAAAUUUGUUCGGAAAAAGAAGGCACGCUCACAAAUACUUGCACAAAUGAAGAGACAGAGCCUUGCGAGAAUAGUUGCAGUGAUCCAAGUCACGAACUGGCAUUCAAAACAUUUCAUCAGCAAUUUAAAAGAAUGGAAGAAUUUAGAAUUUGCACAGUCGAAGCUCAGGCAGCUACUGAAGAUUUGCGCGAAGAAAUGGAAACUAUUAUCAGCAAUUUUACCUCUCGCCAUGAAAAGAAUUGUGAAUUGAAUAAAUUAACAGCGGAAGUGCAAAAUUAUUUAAUAACAACAAGAGAGAAAAUUUCGAAAACAAUAAGUCAAUUGAAAUUACAGGGAGAGGAGAGAAGGAGAUACAAUAUGAGAAUUUCGUCUGGCAACGAUAAAUUGAAGGAUAUGAAAAAUGAGAUCAAUAUGGCUCGUGUAAAUUUUUCCCAAUACAGUGGCAAUAUUGAGGGAAAUAAUCAGGAGUUUGGAAAUGUAGAUUCGACACAAAAUUCGAGUGAUGUUCUAAAUAUUGUUGCAGAUGAGGUGGAACAAAUUGUGUCAAAUUUACAAGCCGUUCAAGAAAAGGAAUCUUGUACAGUGUCAUUGUUAACAGAAUUAAAUACGCAGCUUUCAACAAUCGACAAUAAUUUAGAAAAAUUCUAUAAUAAAAGUCAAGAAAUACUGAAAGCGAACGAAGUGAGUCAAAAAGUAUUCGAAGAAAAGGAAAAGAGUUUGGACAAAUCGGAAAAGGAGCUUGAUUAUGUUCAUACAAAUAUGCAGAAUGCCUUGGAAGCAAUUUCCAUUGCGAUAGAUGAGAUAAAUGAAUUAGAAGCUUUUAAGGACAAUCAUAUUGUUAAUCAGGAUGUCAACCAAAUUUUAAAAGCGAAGGAUGAUUAUCACAAAAUAAGAAGGGAAUAUGAAAAUUUGCGAAUGAAAAUAGUCGAGGACUCUUAUAAAAAGGAAGUAGACGACUCUGUUAACGAGUGUAAGCGUCAAAUAACAAACUUGUUGGGUCAAAUACGCUUUCUUCAAAGUGAGCUGAAAAUUGGUCAAGACGCAAAUGGUAUUUUGGAAAGUCAUAUUCAAGUAUUAGAACAAGAAUUAAAGGGAGAGAAUAAAAAAUCAGAAGAUACAAGGCGUAGUUUUUCCAAAGAAUGCAUGCUAUUCAAGAGAAAAAUUUCCGAACUAGAAAGCACCUUAUGGAAACAAAAGGAAAUAGAAUCAAAUCUAAGAAGAAGUUUGGCUUCCAGUGAAAUAGAAUUAAAGAAUUCUAAGGAGAUGCUCAAUUCAUUUCAAUCAAGUUCUGAAGGUACAUUGUCCACACGGGGAAGUGGAGUUAAUUCUGAAAAUUGUUUCGCUGAAGUGGAAAAACUGAAACACACUUUAUUCACAAAGGAAAAAAUGUUGAAAGACAAGGAGGAAAUAAUUAAAAUUCAACAAGAUUCAAUAAUUCUGUCUCAAAGCGAAGUGAAGGAUUUACAUGAGAAAUUACAAGAGAAGAUAGACGCGCAAAAUAAUGUUAUUUCUCAUUUGGACAAGGAGAACAAGCAGCUGCAAAAUAAGAUUGAACUUCAAGUACAAACGAUCGGUCACUUACAAAAUGCAGUGGUUCAAACUAAAAGAUGUUUGGACCAAAUGGGUCAGAAAUUUGUGAGCGAUGUGAGUGAAUUAUGGUCUUCAGUCUCGCCUUCAGUAUUCAAUCAUGGGAAUGUGCACGAUGUUUGAAAUAGUGAGUGUUGUUUCUACUAAACAAAACAAACAAAAGUUUGGUCGACAACUACGAAAGUCUCUCAGUUUAAAUUAUCACAAUCGCACGUUUUUAAAGAUGCAAAUUAAUUUUUUUUCUUCUUUUAAUUUAUUGUCUAUUUAUAAUCAACAUUUAAUCGAAUUGAAAUUUAUUAUAUAAAAAAAAUGAAAAUUUGUAUUUUAUACUAAAAUACAAUUUUUUUUUAAAGAUAAAUUGUAAAUAUAGGCAUCGCUAGACGU